GUUAUCUGAAUGUCAAAAAGUCUCGUGUUCUUAUAGCACGCAAUAUUUUCGGUGUGAGCAGAGCCGGUUUCAUCAUAAAUAGACACAACAAAACAGAUUUUCUUCGCUAGCCGGAUUAUUCGAUAAUUAAAAGAGUGAGAGACAAUGGCUCAAAGUAAAUUGAACGAUUUGGCUGGUAAAUUUGGCAAAGGUGGUCCACCUGGAUUGGGAAUUGGAUUGAAAUUGUUGGGUGUUGCUGGUGCAUUGGCCUAUGGUGUUACACAAUCCGUUUAUACAGUUGAGGGUGGUCAUCGUGCAAUCAUCUUUAACCGUGUUGGCGGCGUUCAAAAUGAUAUCUACCCCGAAGGUCUACAUUUCCGCAUUCCAUGGUUCCAAUAUCCAAUUAUCUAUGACAUUCGUUCACGGCCACGUAAAAUCUCAUCGCCCAGCGGUUCCAAAGAUUUGCAAAUGGUAAACAUUUCGCUGCGUGUACUAUCACGGCCAGAUGCUCGCAAUUUGCCAACAAUGUACCGUCAAUUGGGUUUGGACUAUGACGAAAAGGUGUUGCCAUCCAUUUGCAAUGAAGUACUGAAAAGUGUUGUAGCCAAAUUCAAUGCAUCACAAUUAAUUACACAACGUCAACAGGUGUCGUUGUUGAUUCGCCGGGAGCUAGUUGAACGGGCUCGUGAUUUUAACAUUAUUUUGGACGAUGUAUCGUUGACGGAAUUGAGUUUCGGCAAAGAAUACACGGCCGCUGUUGAGGCCAAACAAGUUGCACAACAAGAGGCACAACGGGCUGCCUUCUACGUUGAACGUGCCGUUCAAGAGAAACAACAGAAAAUCGUACAAGCCGAGGGAGAAGCUGAAGCAGCCAAAAUGUUAGGUUUAGCUGUCGCCCGUAAUCCAGGUUACUUGAAAUUAAGAAAGAUCCGAGCUGCCCAAAGCAUUGCACGCACGAUCGCUAAUUCGCAAAACAAAGUGUAUUUGUCAGCUAAUAGUCUGAUGUUGAACAUCCAGGAUGCGGCCUUCGACGAUAUGACGACAAAAGUACAAAGCACCCAUCGAGGGUUUGUAUUUGACUUUAGCAAACCGAUUGCACAAUCAAGGACAAACAAAUCGGAGGGCACUGCUACAAUUGGACAAGUAGCCAGCGACGCAGCACGAAAGUUUGUGCAAAAAUAAAUGAUGCAUUCGAUAGAUUGAAAUUAGAAGUGAAAUAAAAAACAAAUUGUUAGCCAUUUUUCA